AAUCAUCGUUUUGUCAGGAAAGUCAGGCCGGCCCUCGCUCCAGUCCAGGAGAUGGCGGUAAUGCACCGGAAGUGGAAGAAGAAGCCACCUGGGCAUGCGUACUACAAAUAUACGCUGGCAUGAUCCCGACGUUGUGGAGUUGAUAAUCAGGAAGGAUCUACUUUGAGUAUCUGUCCAGAGUUGACGUGUCUGUGUGAUUGAGCCCAUCACCUUGCAAAUAUGGAUUUCCAGCAUCGAGCUGGAGGGAAGACAGGGAGCGGUGGGGUGGCAUCUGCCUCUGAGAGUAACCGUGAUAGGAGAGAGCGGUUACGUCAGCUGGCCUUGGAGACCAUUGACAUCAACAAAGACCCCUACUUUAUGAAGAAUCAUUUAGGAUCAUAUGAGUGCAAACUUUGCUUGACACUUCAUAACAAUGAGGGCAGCUACUUGGCUCACACACAGGGAAAGAAACAUCAGACCAAUUUAGCACGGAGGGCGGCCAAGGAGGCAAAAGAAGCUCCUGCUCAGCCAGCUCCAGCAAAAGUGAAAGUUGAGGUCAAGAAGUUUGUCAAAAUUGGUCGACCAGGAUACAAAGUAACCAAACAGAGAGACCCAGAGACCGGACAGCAGUCCUUACUUUUCCAGAUUGACUACCCAGAGAUUGCUGAAGGAAUUGGACCCAGGCAUCGUUUCAUGUCUGCUUAUGAACAGCGCAUCGAGCCCCCUGAUCGUCGCUGGCAGUACCUGCUUUUGGCUGCUGAACCAUAUGAGACUAUUGCCUUUAAGGUCCCCAGUAGAGAAAUUGAUAAAGCAGAAAACCGCUUCUGGACCCACUGGAACAGAGAAACUAAACAGUUCUUCCUACAAUUCCACUUCAAAAUGGAGAAAUCUGUUCCUCAGUCCAGCGGUCCAGCACCUCCUGCAGGUGUGAAACGCCCCCCCCCUCUCAUGAGUGGAGUUGGACCUCGCCCACCAAAUGAGACUAUGCCCCCUCCCCCGCCAGGCGGGAUGCAUGCCCCUCCUCUCCCACCUGGUGCCCCGGGUGCCCCCCAUAUGCCCCAUCAGAUGCCCAUGCCUCCCAUGCCAAUGAGGCCGCCUCCUCCUGAGGGCCUUACAAUAUCUAAUAAUUGAUCCCCUACAAGUGUAUCAUGAUUGCUUUCUUUCAUGGUGUGCAGUCACACCGCCCUGCCUGUCUACAAUGCCCAUCUCUCUUUAGAUAUUGCAGCUAUAUUCAGUUGGAUUAUUUCUACAAAUGAUGUCUAAAGUCCACAUUUAGUAGAUUUUUUACAUUUGUUUGGUUUAUGUAAACGUGUAUGGCAGCCCAUAUGACCACACUGUUUUGUAUAAAAGCUUAGAUUCAGGAUAUGGAGCUAUGAUUGAAAAUAGCUCAUCUUUUAAGAUGCUGUUUUUGUAAUAAAAUUCUGUAGAGAAAAACA